AUGUCGGAUCUGCGACCGGGUCUACAGGUAACAGGUCGAGUGGAGAAUGUGACUACCUUCGGCGCCUUCGUUGACAUUGGAUUGGAGGAAUCUGCCUUCUUACCCGUCAGUGCCUUCCCUCGUGCCAGCAGAAAUAGCGAAUCAGCGCGGCGACUGAGUUCUUCAUUCGCCGGCAAGACUGGUGUAACCCGUAUGACUCUUCAUUUGGGUGACCGAGUCAAAGCCACCGUCUCCUCCAUUGACGUCAAGUGGGGUCGUGUCGCCCUUGCGCAGGUCGCCCUGCUUCAGUAG